ACAAGAAUCUAUGUAAUAAUCAAAUCAAAUGAAAUGAAAUUCAAUCCGUCAAACUUUCAUUAUUCAUUAUUCACCAAGGUUAGCUAGCUCAGCUGCAUAGAAAUUCAGAAAGAAAACAGAGAGUCUUUGGAAAUUCAGUCCCUUUCUAUAUUCAAUUCUUUUUUCGUCCGUCUCAUACACUCUAGACGCGGAUUCGGCUCAAUUUUUAAUUCAAUCUCCUUCUUCUUAUUCUUUCUUAACCCUUUCAACAUUCAAACUCUCACCCAUCAUCAUCAUCAUCAACAACAACUGUUUCAUUUUCUUAGUUCCGUAUGCCGUUUGGGAACCCAGAAAGUUUUUUCCCGGAAAAUUCACAGAUCUAACCCAGGUCGGAAAACUUUGGAAAGGACUUACCUUUCUUUGGGCAAAAUACUCAGCUCACGGAAUUAUUAUCUGGGUCAUCAAGGGAAUUUUAAUUUCAAUCCCUUUCAAGGUGGAGUUUGGUCGUCAUCUUGGAAACCCUAGAAUUUUCAUUUCCCGAUUCCGAUGGCUUCAGGCGCAAUUUUCGCGUCUCUGCGGCGGAGGAGGUCGCCGACGUUGGACGCGUUUCUCGCCCCCGUUGACUUGAGCGACGUCGCUUUGGUGCAGACGCUUGUAGCGGUGGCUGGUGAGCUUGUGUCUUGCUUUUCCAAGCGUCCGUUCUUCUUCCAGAGCAAGAAUUCCCGGUCUCUGAUCCGGAAGGUGGAGGUUUUUCAGCUGCUGUUGGAGUAUCUGAGCGAUUCUGGUUCUGGGGCGUGUCUUCCACCUACUGCGUUACUUUGUCUCAAGGAGCUUUACCUGCUGCUGUACCGGACCAAGAUUCUGCUUGAUUAUUGCGCACAGUCGAGUAAGUUGUGGCUUUUGCUUCAGAACCAUUCGAUUUCUGGUCAUUUCCAUGAUUUGAACCAAGAGAUUUCGACCCUUUUGGAUGUUUUUCCGAUUAAGGAUGUUAGGUUGAGUAAGGAUGUUAGGGAACAGGUUGAGCUGUUGCAGAAGCAGUCUAGAAGGGCUAAGCUGUUUAUAGACAAGAAAGAUGAUGCUCUUAGGAUCCGGUUUUUUUCUUUUCUUGAUGAGUUUGAGAAAGGGCAGAUUCCUGGUUCAGCUGAAUUGCAAUCUUUCUAUGUUGAUAAGUUGCAGAUUCUUGAUGCUUCUGGUUGUAGAAAUGAAAUUGAUGCUUUGGAGGAGCAGAUUGUUAACCAUGAGGGUGACAUUGAGCCUACGAUUUCGGUGCUAAAAGGGUUGGUGGCCAUGACUCGGUAUUGCAGGUUUUUGCUCUUUGGGUUUGAGGAAGAUGAGCUGGAUUUGGAAGGUGGAAGUAUGAAGAAGUCAAAGAGGAGAUUGAUUACUCAGGAAAUUGCGGAAACGUUUUUAACUGUUCCGAAGGACUUUUGCUGCCCAAUAUCAUUGGAUUUGAUGAGAGACCCGGUGAUAAUUUCCACUGGUCAAACUUAUGAGAGGAGUUCCAUUUCAAGGUGGAUGGAAGAAGGGCACACAACUUGCCCAAAAACAGGACAAAUGCUUGGCCACAAUCGCCUAGUUCCUAAUCGUGCUCUGAGGAACUUGAUUGUGCAGUGGUGCUCCGCUCAUGGAGUUCCCCUUGACCCACCGGAGGUGUUGGAGGCAGAAGCUUUUGCAUCAGCUUGUCCCACCAAGGCUGCCCUUGAAGCCAACAAAGCCACAGCAGCACUUCUCAUUCAACAGCUAGCUAACGGGUCACAAUUUGGAAAGACUAUAGCUGCUCGGGAGAUACGGUUUCUAGCGAAAACUGGCAGAGAAAAUCGUGCCUUCAUUGCAGAAGCAGGGGCGAUUCCUUAUCUUCGGAACCUACUUUCAUCACAUAAUGCCGUAGCUCAGGAGAAUUCUGUGACUGCAUUGCUCAACCUAUCCAUUUUCGACAAGAACAAAAGUCGGAUCAUGGAUGAAGAAGGGUGUCUAGGAUCAAUUGUUGAUGUGUUGAGAUUUGGGCACACAACAGAAGCAAGGGAAAAUGCGGCUGCAACAUUGUUCAGCCUAUCAGCCGUCCAUGACUACAAGAAAGUAAUUGCAGAUAGAACAGGAGCUGUUGAAGCCCUGGCAGGUCUAUUGCAAGAUGGAACUCCUAGAGGAAAGAAGGAUGCUGUAACAGCUUUGUUCAAUCUUUCGACACACACUGAGAAUUGUGUUAGAAUGAUUGAGGCAGGGGCAGUGACGGCUCUAGUUGGAGCUUUGGGGAAUGAAGGAGUUGCUGAGGAAGCAGCAGGUGCCCUCGCGUUGAUUGUCCGGCAGCCUAUUGGAGCCAAGGCAGUAGUGACUGAGGACGAAGCAGUUGUUGGAUUGAUAGGAAUGAUGCGUUGUGGAACACCGAGAGGUAAAGAGAAUGCAGUUGCAGCUUUACUCGAGUUGUGCAGGGGUGGAGGUGCGGCUGCAACUGAAAGGGUGGUUAAGGCGCCAGCUUUGGCUGGAUUACUUCAAACCUUGCUUUUCACCGGGACAAAGCGGGCGAGACGGAAAGCUGCUUCACUUGCUAGAGUGUUUCAGAGAUGUGAAAAUGCAUCUUUGCAUUAUGGUGGAUUAGGUGUAGGGUAUGCAUUAGCUAGCAAUUCAGCUCCUACUAGAGAUACAAGCUAUGCGGGUGAUGUUUCAGUACCAAUGUCCAUUUCUGUCCCUGUUCUAUAGUGGUAAUACUAAUACCUCUGUUCAUUACGUUCCCAAUUUUUAUCGAAAGUCUUUACAGAUUCUUUCAUUGAAAAGUUAAAGUCAUAAGAAAUUAUAGUAAUACAAUAUGUACUCCAAGAGAUCGAUGAUUGUUGUUGUGCAGUUAGCUGCUGCAUAUGUGUAAUUGAGUGAUAAUAUGAAGCAAGAGUAGAGAAUGCUCUACUAAAGAGUUAAGACCA